GCCAACAUGGCGCCUUGCUGACAGUUGAGGUGCUGCUGCGGUUCUUAUCGCCGGUCUGUGUGUUGCCCGGAGCAGGCGGGGUGGGGCUUUAGUAUCAACGAUGAGGGAGUGGUUCGGGGGUUGCUGAGGAGGAUAUGGGGUCGCAGGCGGCUGCAGGGGACUCUGCUCAAUGGCUUUCCGUAAAGGAGGAGACCAUAUUUCUACAUGACGGGCUAAUCCGGGUCACAGACCUGGCCGAGUUGCCCAGCGAGAUCGGAGUCACAGAGACAGGGGAUACGGAUCUAGAGAUUUUGUCGUUUGAGACCAAGAACCCUACAGAGCUUGCUGAACGGUUAAGAGCAGUGUGUGGAAACCAGAGCAAUGCUUAUGCACGCUUGCUUGAGUAUCGCCUGAAUGCCUUGCGUGGGUUGUGGAAUGCACAGCGACAACUGGCUCUUGAAGAGCAAAAUGAAAGGGAUGGCUCAGAUGAGGAGACACUGGCUUUGCUCAAACGGCAGGGCUUAUUACAGCAGCCGGAGCAGGCUCCGUUUACAUCGCGAAUGGGACUUCUAUUGGUUUUCCCUCUUAUUCAAUCACAGAGUAAAACAGACCCUUCUCUUUGUAACAUAACUGCUGAGGUGCUAUUGAAUUGCCUUCGGGAAUGCCAGCCCCUGAGCUUAAUGAAAGAACCAGCUGACUGCUUAAAUGGAAUAGAAUCUUUGCUUUGCUCAUGGUUAGAAGAUACCUCAACACAGGGCCAACAAAUUUCUUACAAGCAGAAAGAAAACUCUGCAGCUGCUUUGGUUGCUUUGGCAUGUGCUAGGGGAUCAUUGAAAACUUUUGUUCACACAGUACACUUGCUGCAGAAACAGACGGAUUUAGGUUCACUGCCUGUGGCAGAUGUAUUAUAUAGAUUGCUGCUUUUGGAAGGAGGGCCAGGAUCUCCCUCUUGUUUACUUGGAAGCAAACACAUAGUAACAUGGGGUUUUGAAGAUAUGCUUCCAGCUCCUGAUGGGACCAGUGGUUCAAACAAUGAGAAUAAAGAUGCUGACUUGGGUCGGUGUUUGGCAUCAGAUGGCCUUUAUCUGUACACAACUAAUUCUGUUGGCAAAGGAGUUAGCAAACUUGGGUCUGGCCUACAUGGUACUUUACGGGGUUUUGUUUAUUGUCGAAAUGAAGAGCUAGAAGCUGGUUGGCUGGCACAUGGAAGUGGUAAAUUAAUUCACCGGCCGGCAUGCUUUGACAACAAACCUCAUUAUCUUUUCCAGAUAAUUGACGAGUACACUCUCCAGAUUUCUCAGAUAGUCACUAUGCCAGCCAAUCAUUUUCCUAUUGGUAGCAGCAUGACAACUGUACACCUGUCUUCAGAUGGCACAUUUAUUUACUGGAUAUGGUCACCAGCGAGUUUGAAUGAGAAGACACCAAAAGGACAUUCUGUUUUCAUGGACAUCUUCAGUCUAAAUGUAGAAAAUGGCGUAUUUAUGGCAAGCCCCCUUCAUGAACGUAUCAUUUUAAUGAGAAAGGAGGGGGAAUCAGCAAAAAGUAUUAAUGAAAUGCUGCUAAGCAGAUUGUCAAGAUACAGAGCAUCUCCUUCUGCAACAUUAGCUGCUCUCACUGGAUCUACAAUUUCCAACACUCUAAAAGAGGACCAGACUGCUGCAAAUACAAGCUGUGGCCUUCCUUUGAAAACUCUACGAAAAACCCCAAUGUAUACUUGUGGCACGUACUUGGUUCUUCUUGUACCACCUCCAGGAGGAUCAGGAAGUUCUGCUACAAGAUCAUUGUUUGGAGGAACCAGUGGACUGUCCUCUCUGAAAAUUCUUGCAUCGAGUUUGGUGUUUAACAUUUCUGAUGGUCAAUUUACUAACCGAGCUGAUCUCAUUGACUCUGCUGGAAGUUCUCUAGGACGCGGUGCAUUGGUAACAGGACUAGGUGCUUGUUAUGAUACCAUGAAUAACAUGAUUUGGACAUGUUCUAAUGAUUACAUUGAUCAGUGGUGUAAUCCUGGAAACCAAGCUUUCCAUGUGAUCUGUCAGAGGCUCGGUGUCACUCAUAUAAUUGCUGAUCCAAAAGGAGAAGCUGUUUCCACCAGUGAGGUGAUAAACCAGCUCCUGCACCAUGUAGGUGCAAUGUGCAUCCAUCAACUCAAUCUUCUGGCUACGAGCAAUAAUUUACCUAUCACAAACUUUCUUGGCAAACAACAUCCAAUUGAGUCACAUCAUCUGAGCAGCAUAUGUGAUAUUAUGGAGAAAGCUAUGGUUAAUGGGGACAAGUGUAUUAUCCGUUGCAUUCUAGUGGUAUUCCAGGUUGUUUUCAAAUACUUCUUUAAUCCCCAAAUGGAAAGGAAUCGUGAUGUCAUCCGAAGAGCUGGUUUGUUACUGUGGCAACUUCUCAUGGCACCCAAGGAUCAAAUUUGUCCUGAAAUUCAGAAGGAGGUCUGUCUGGCAAUAAGCUCUGGUUUGAACAUUUUGAAUCCAGGAGAGCUUGAAAUCAAUAACUUGUUCAAGCUGAUUUUAACAGAAGGAGAUCGGAAUUGUGGGCUUUCCCAGCUUCGAGAUGUAAUUUUGACAAACUUGGCUGAGCAACUCCAAAGCAACAGGUUUGGUAGUGAUGAAGAUGAACAUUAUAGGUUGAACGAUGAGCUAUUGCACUACAUUUUGAAGAUUGUUGUUCGUGAAUCAUGUGUUUUGAUCACCAAGUGCCAAACAGUGUCUAAAGAAGAUUUCCAAAGACUCUUAUCAACUGUGCCUGUUGCCUCUCCAUGCCUACGGUAUUUGAUGACUGUACAAAAUCACCUCCUUAGUAAUACUGUCUUAAUUAAACCUGAUGAUAAUGAUGACAGUGACAGCUCCCUGCAGGGGGAGACAUUGAAGGUACAGGAACUACAAGUAAGCAUUUUGGGCCUGGCAACCCAAAUACUAACAGGAUGUGAUGAAGUUCUGGAAAUGCUACAAAGAGUAACAACAGCGCUCAUUAACAGUGACAUUUCAGACAGAGAUUUAAGAUUGAAAGGCCUCGAACAGAUAACAAAAUCAACCAUGCUUGGCCACCUCCUACCAGUUCUACUCACAUCACUAAUGCAUCCGAAUUUACAAACACUGACCAUGGCAGAUGCUCUGAUGCCUCAGCUGGUGCAGCUGGUUCUAUACACUAGUCAGACUGCCUUGCUGCUUAAAACCCAGUGUCCAGUUUUGGCAGAUAUUGGAAUCUCUCCUAAUGGAGUUCCUGAACAGAAAGGCAAACUUUUCCCAGAUGACAGAAUGCUUGAUGAGAAAGAGGAGCCAGGUUUUCUGACAGGUCUUAAAAUUCCAGCACCAUGGGCUGCUGGGAAAACAGUGGAAACAGCUCACCCUGUCAGAGACAACUAUAAGUUCAAGGAAACGGUGCACAUCCCUGGAGCACGCUGUCUAUAUCUCAGGUUUGACAGCAGGUGUUCUUCACAAUAUGAUUACGAUAAGUUGGUCAUAUAUGCAGGGCCCAACACAAACAGUAGAAAGGUUGCGGAGUAUGGUGGAAAUACACUAGGAUAUGGAAGUCGAAGUGUAUUGGGGACAGGUUGGCCAAAAGAUCUGGUGAAGGAAUCUUCAGAGGAUGUAUCUGGUGGCUUACCGUUUCUGGUGGACUUGGCUUUAGGCCUGUCUGUCUUGGCUUGUUCUAUGCUGCGCAUCUUAUACAAUGGUCCAGAAAUUACCAAAGAAGAGUUGACUUGCCAUGACCUUUUGCGGUCAAAGCUUUUACAGAGAUGUCAGUGGCAAGUAGAAGCAAAUGGUGCAUUAUCGCCAGCUCUCACCCCUAGUCCUUCACCGUUGCCUCUUACCAUAGAUGAAGACAGAGAGUUUACUUACCCGUCUGAUAUCUUGUUACCACCAGUUGGAAACUAUUUUGAGCUACCUAGAAUUAGGCUGCCUCCUGGAAUUAUGAUCAAACUCAGGGAAAUCUCUGGACGAGCCCGACCACAGUUCAGGCCAAGUAUAAAAGAAGUUAUUCAACCUGAUGUGAUGGAAGAAAUGGUUGUGUCCUGCGUCAUUAAACACCUCAAUUUAGUUGACGCCUUGCAGUCUUUGAUAAACUAUCAGUACCGAGAGGAUCAUCUAGAGGAGUAUGACUUACUUUGCAAAAUUAUGGGUGAAACCUUCAAGAAGCUGAAUGCAAUGGAAAGGCAACUUCAGAGUGUUGCAGAGUUAGAACAGAAAUGGCAGAAUGAAGUGGAUGAUGCUGUGAAUGGAAAACUUGAAAACAAUGCUCCUUUCUUUUAUGACUAUCACUUUAAUGAGAGCAAAAUUAAAGAACUGGAGUUGUUAUGUUCAAUUAAAGAAAAUCCCUACGAUGCAAGUGAUCCAGAAAGUAUGGUUCUGUCAUUACGUGAGAAGUUUUUCCAUGAAGUGAAUUCUCUCGUUCAGAAAUCAUCACAUCCCAUGGCUAAAACAAAGACUUUGGUGAAGAGUUUGAUGAACAGAGCAGAGCUGCUUUUACAUGUCACAAUUGCAGCCCAGUCAGGAAUAACCAGAAGUAUUUCAGGCACACCCACGGAACCCCCAGCAUGUAAUUCAUCAUCAGAAGCCAAGGUCAUAUCACAGGCCAUGCGCCAACCUGUCUUCCUCCGUAGUAUGUCAGCACCCUCUGACUUGGAAAUGAUUGGGAGCAAUGACCUAGAGUUCAACAGGUCAAAUCCAAGGAGACGGAAUGCUGCUAGCCACAGAAGUAGUUCAUUUACUCUCCUUCAGUCGCUGGCUAUAGAAGAUAGCAGAGAUAAACCAACAUACAGUGUCUUAUUAGGACAGUUGUUUGCUUUCAUUGGAACAAAUCCUGAUCAAGCGGUGUCCAGUAGUGGUUUUCUUUUGGCUGCCCAGACUAGAUGGCGUCGUGGGAACACACGUAAGCAAGCUCUGGUACACAUGAGAGAACUUCUUACCGCAGCUGUCAGAGUUGGAGGAGUAACACAUUUGGUUGGGCCAGUUACCAUGGUUUUGCAAGGAGGACCAAGGAUCGAAGAGCUGACGUGUGGGGGAAUGGUGGAACAAGUUCAAGAAGCAUUUGGGGAGACUAUGACCUCUGUGGUUUCCCUUUGUGCCCGCUACCCUAUAGCCUGUGCGAAUAGCAUAGGCCUUUUGUGUACAAUACCUUACACAAGGAGUGAAGAAAAAUGUUUGGUGCGCAGUGGAUUAGUUCAGCUUAUGGACCGACUCUGUAGCUUAAGCAACCAAGGAGAGUCCAGCUCAAGUGAAAAGCAGACAAAGAAGCAGAAAGUGGCUACCAUGGCAUGGGCAGCAUUUCAGGUCUUGGCUAAUCGAUGUGUGGAAUGGGAGAAAGAAGAAGGAGGUUCUACUGAAGCUGUCCACUCUGGCCUGGCACGACAAGUAUCGACUCUCCUCACCAACCACCUUGCACGGGCAACAGAAUGCUGUGGUAACCAGGCUGCUGGAAAUGAUGCUCUACAAGAUGUUCUUAGUCUUCUCAAUGAUCUCUCUAGGAGUCAUAUCGGAAAAGCAAUUCUGAGUCAGCCUGCUUGUGUCUCAAAGCUUCUCUCUCUCUUGUUGGACCAGCGUCCUUCCCCAAAGCUUGUUCUCAUCAUCCUCCAGUUGUGCCGUGCAGCUUUGCCACUCAUGAGCGUAGAAGACUGUGGUAAUGUUGAGCUUCCACCAUGGAGUUAUUCUGUGCAAUCUCUAGAGAGUGAGCAAGAAGAUCCUGGUGAUCCAGCCUCUAAGAUUGCAUCUCUGUUGCUGGCAAAAUUGGCUGACUAUGUUGUACCAGGUUGUCAGACUGUUCUUUCUCCUACAUCAUCUGAGCCUGAAGGUGCAUUGUCUAAAAACAGUCCAAAGAGUUCCCAAAAGGGAGACAAAGAUACUGGUGAGGAGAGUGAAGCAGUUGAUGGCAAACUGUCCAUUUUUAUCCACAAAAGAGAAGAUCAGUCAUCCCAUGAAGUUCUUCAGCCAUUACUCAGUAGUUCCGAGGGACGACCAUUCCGUCUUGGUACUGGUGCUAACAUGGAAAAAGUGGUGAAGAUGGAUCGUGAUAUGACUAAGAGUGGAUGCUGUGAAGUGGUCACAGAAGAAGCUGCAGCUGCUCUCCGCAAAGCAACCAAGUGGGCUCAGUCAGGUUUAAUUGUUAGCGUUGGGCCUCCUGUGGAAACAAUCAGUACUGAAACUGCAAGUGGCAUUUCCUCUGGGGACAAAAAGAAAACCGCACAGACCUCAAUAUGCAGGGAAAGGAAUUCAGAUUUAGCAAGGACAGAUCCAGUGCGCCCUUUUAUUAGUGGUCAUGUCGCUAACAGCAUGGCGGCAGAAGUGAUUGCCCUUCUCCACAGUCUACUAAUGGCUCCAGAGUCUAAUGCAGCACAAAUAUGGACAUCAACUGCAGAGAAGGUGCUUUCUCGAGCCCUGAUGUAUAUUCCACAGCUUGGUAAAUACGCAGAGAGUAUCCUUGAGAAUGGGAGUGGGAGUGUCAGGAAGCUGGCCAAACUGCAAGGCAUCGCAAGACAAGCUGUUGCUGCCUUAUGUGCACUUGGAGGAUUUAAGGAAACAAUUAAAAUAGGGUCAGAAGUCCAGGUGUUGGGUAAAGGUGUUUCUGGAAGCAUUGGCAUUGUUGUUUCUAUUAACGAACAAGAAGGUAUUGCAACUGUGAAAUUUCCACCCUUAGAUUUUAGGAAAUCUUCCAAGUCAUCUGACACACUGACUGUUCCAUUGUUUAGACUGUCUAUACCAAGAUCAGAGGCAUUACCUCUCCAUAAACUGUCCAUUACUGAGAAGGUAGUGCAGGCAGUCCAGUCCAUGUUACUUCCCCAGGAGGGGUGCCUAUCUAUUCACACCUCACUUCCUGCAACAGGAGAUGCUUCAACCCCAGUAAUGGCAGUGGUCCGGCUUCUUGCAGAGAUCAGGACAAGAGCUUGUCUAGUGAUGGCUCAGUUGUUAGAGGACACCUCAUUCUGUGAAGAGUUUAUACAACAAUGUCCAGCUGCUGUUGAGGUUCUAAACUUGGUUGCUCAGGAAUGCAGCCCGGGUGAGCGUCUUUCAGUGGUAGAAGUACAGUGUGAGAGGCUUAGGAUGUUGUAUCGCGACUGUGCACGGCCUCCUCCUCCACCUUUACAGACAGAGCGCAGACAGCCUAAAGAGAUAACAUGGAGCCCAUCGCGAGUCUUCCCCCCUGUGAGAGCCUGUAUGUUUUCAUCUCAUUUAACGGCUGUAACAUUCCUUGCUGAUCCCAGUGCUGGUGGAGGUUUACCAAGGGGAACAUUUAUCUAUGCUAUGUCUCCAGUCCCUGUACAAGCACCAUCUUUUUACUGGGAGAUUGAAGUUGUUUCGUAUGGAGACACAGAUGAUGACACAGGUCCCAUUGUUUCAUUUGGUUUUGCAACAGAAGCUGAAAAACGAGAUGGAGCAUGGACCAACCCAGUUGGUACCUGCUUAUUCCACAAUAACGGGCGUGCUGUGCAUUAUAAUGGAUCCAGUCUUUUACAGUGGAAAAGUGUACGCUUAGAUGUUGCCCUCUCGCCUGGUGAUGUUGCUGGAAUAGGUUGGGAAAGAACUGAAGGAACACCGCCUCCCCCAGGGCAGCCAGCGAAAGGCAGAGUUUACUUUACGUAUUGCGGUCAAAGGCUUGGCCCCUUCUUAGAUGAUGUUUCUGGAGGGAUGUGGCCAGUUGUACAUAUUCAAAAAAAGAAUACAAAAAUUCGAGCUAAUUUUGGGUCAAGACAGUUUUCCUAUGCAGAGGGGCAGGCACAUCGCAAUGCUGCUGACUUGUGCAUUGACUUGGCUGAAGAGAUAAGUGCAAACUUUGAAGCUUUACCUUUUGCUAUGGCAUCUGACAGUGACAAUGAUGCUGGUACCAGCAUAGCAUCUGAUCCAGGAACUCACGGACCUCCUUGCCGCAUUGCAGCUGUUUCCACUGUGCAACAACAAUAUGACAGUGAUGCGUCCUGCCAUUACAAAGUUGAGCGAAGCUAUGAAAACUUUGUAACAUCUGGUCCAGACCCCCACCCCCCUCCUAUCGCAGAUGAUGAGAGUGAUGAUGAUGAUGAUGAUGAUAUCCCACGGGAGGAUCACUAUGCCUUAUUGGUCAAAGCUUGGGAAACCAAAGUAUUUCCAACUAUUCGGAGGCGUUUCCGCAAUGAAGCAGAGAGGAAAUCUGGAUUGGACCAGAUUAAGGGAGCUUUGCAGCUCGGUAUGGUGGAUAUAGCACGACAGACUGUCGAAUUCCUUUAUGAAGAGAAUGGUGGCAUUCCUAGAGAUCUCUAUCUUCCAACUAUUGAGGAUAUCAAGGAUGAAGCAAAUAAAUUUACUAUUGAUAAAGUUCGCAAAGGAAUUACAGUUGUGAUUCGGUCUCCAGACAGCAAUAAUGUUGCCGGCACUGCUGUUGGAACUGCUUUACCCAAAUUUGCCAUUCGUGGGAUGCUAAAAACAUUUAGCCUGCAUGGAGUAGUUCUGGACGUUGAUUCGCAAGCCCCAGAACAGUUUCCAUCUGAAGAGUUUCCAAUCUCAGAGUCCAAGCUCAGCAUGGAUGUGAAUUUUCCUGGUGCAGCUUUUGUUGUGGCGUCUUGUAAAGAGGGCAAAUCUGGGUUCCGUAAAGACUCUUCCUUAUAUAAGGCACCCUGGUCGCGAGUCUUAGUCUAUGGCCUUGGUCAUAAAGUAAAGCGAAAUGGUCAGCUGAAUCUGAUAGAAUCAGUGUGUUAUCCGCGUGAUGCCUCUCCCAGUAACACUGGCCUUACACCUCCACCAACCACCAACCAAUACCCAACAGCAAUUAUUCCUACAGAUCGAGUCCACAUCAAGUUAGGUGUUUCUCCUGCUCCUGGGGCUGUAUUGGUAAUUCAUUCCCUACCCUUAGAGUUUCCAUUGGCAGUGGCAUUCACAGAACAGUUGUUGACAUGGAAGCUGGAGGAUAUGGAUGAGAAAUCUGAAGAUGAGCUUGAUACCAUCCCAGCCUCUGUUCUUUUGCAAGUGGUGGAGCUGAUAGGAAAUCUGAUGUGGACUACAGAUUUAGCUGCAGUCAUAAAGGAGCUGCUCUUCCAUCUCCUAGCUGAACUUCUUCGUAAAGUUCAUCAUUUAGAGCAGAAGAAGAAUCCCGCAGGACUUUCCUCCUCCAUAGCUCUUCAAUUAAAUCCCUGUCUGGCUAUGCUCAUGGCUGUACAAACCGAGCUACGAAAAUUGUAUGAUGAGGAAACUCAAAACUGGGCAUCUGGGAAUACAUGUAGUAGUUCUGUCCCUGGAAUUAGUGAGCAAGGAAGAUUUUCAACUUAUUUCCAUGCUCUAAUGGAGGUUUGUUUAGCAGUGGCAGAGGUCACGUUACCUAUAAAUAUGAGUUCAGCAGUGAGUGUGAUGUCAUCAACAAAUGCCACAAACUUAAGUGACUCCUCCUCCUCCUCUUCAUCUUCUCCUGGACAAACACCACAAAGUCCAAGUCUGCUUUCAAAGAGAAAAAAGGUGAAGAUCAAACGAGAGAAGGCAGCUUCUGUGAAGCGUUCAUCUUCUCGAGGAACUGAGAGUGACACUGCUAUGCUUAGUAUUGGAGGAAGCAAACCUGAGGACAUGUUAUGGUUCCACAGAGCACUCACCUUGCUAAUGAUUCUUCGACACCUGACUAAUAAGGACCCUCAAGGGCUGGGAGUUACUAAUGAUGCCAUAGCUGAUGCAAGUCAGGCAUUAGUUGGUCCUACUGCUCAUAGCCGCUUACUUGUUAUUUCUGGCAUUCCUACUCAUCUAGAGGAAUCAGUUGUUAGAAAUGCAAUUAGAAAAGCAUGCAAUGCUCAUGGAGGUGUAUUUAAAGAUGAAAUUUACAUCCCUCUGCAGGAAAUAGAGAUGCCAAUACCGAAAGAACGGCUAGAAGGAGCUGAAUGUAAAACAGAAGUAGAGAAACCCCCUUUGCUUCCCAGCACUGAUAAUAUGGAUAUCAGCAGUUCAAGCAGUGUGACCCCUGCAGUCAGUGUCACUGCCUCUGCCUCCACAAGCCAGGCCUCCUUAUGCAGCUCUCAGGGAGUUUCAAAGACCACCAGUGAAGCAUCCGUUGAGCAGUUAGCACCAGAACUUGCUGUGCCAUUAAAUGUUCUUGAGCCGCAUGGGGUGUCUAGCCAAGAGAGUCUGGACCUCUCUAUGUGCAGUACUGGAAGUAUGGGUAGUCUGGGCAGCCUUGUGGAACAGCUUGACAAUGUUGAAACCUCAUCUUUGUCUGAUGUAGGCUCCAUGUACACAGUUACAUCACUGGACAAUCAUAUGAUGAUGCCUCGUCCAAUCAAAGGCUUUGCAGUAGUAGAGGUUCGUUCUCGAGCCAAAAUUGAGAAAAUCCGCGCCAGUCUAUUCAACAGCAGUGAUUUGAUUGGAUUGUCAAGUCUUGAUGGGGAAGAUGAGCUGAUGGAAAUGUCUACUGAAGAGAUUCUGACAGUCUCCACUGUAAACCAGAGCUUGUUUGAUACUCAGGGGAUCCCGGGCCUGGGAGAUUAUUUUAAUGAAAAAACCAUGAAAGGUGAUAAGUUAGUGCCAGAAGCUCGAGAUGUUUUCACUGAAAUAUUUAAGAGCUGCAUUCAUGCUGAACAAAUGCUAAGUCUGACACCAGCAAAGUUCAUUAAAGUGUCUGAUAUUUACCUAAGUAAGGAGCAGAUCAAUGCACAGACCCCAGGAAACUUACUACAGGUGUUUUUCACAAAUGUGCGACCCCCUAAAAAAGUUCUGGAAGAUCAGCUGACUCAGAUCUUGCGAAAAUAUGGCAUUCCAAAGCCAAAGUUUGACAAAAGCAAAUAUGGCAAAUCUGGAAAAGAACAGCAUCCAGUGAAAGUUGUGAGCACCAAAAGGCCAGUUGGUAAACCCCCAACAAAGGACAAAGCUAUGCUAAACAGUGUCAGGACUGCCUUAAGUGAAAAGAAACCCAUAGUGAAACCAAAAUCUCCUGAUAAGAGCAGACCAGAUGAGAAGGACCGUGACAAAUCUCCUACUAAGAAGCAAGAAAUUCCAGAGGAGAAAUAUUUGACACUGGAAGGAUUCCACAGAUUUGUAGUCGAUAGAGCUAAACAAGACAUUCGUAGUAUUUGGAGAGCAGUUUUGGCUUGCGGUUAUGAUCUUCACUUUGAAAGGUGUGCUUGCAUUGAUACCCGGCAUGCUCAGAAAUCCAGCAGGAAGUGGAACCUAGAAAUGGAUGUUGCCCUGGUCCAGUAUAUUAACCGCCUUUGCCGUCACCUUGCAAUUACUCCAGCUCGGCUGCACCCCCAUGAAGUCUAUCUUGAUUCUGCAGAUACUGCUGACCCUAGAGUUUCCUGCCUGUUGAAUGUCCCAAUAGAAAGUCUGCGUCUUCGCUUUGCACUUCUACAGUCACUCAAUACAACAUUAGAGACAUUCUUCCUACCCUUGGUGGAAUUACGGCAAACAGAAAUGUAUAUGCACAGCAUAGCAUCCCUGUUGCAGCAAGCCAAAGGAUUUAUUUUCUAUGAUACAAAGGUAGCUGUGAUGAAUCGAGUGUUAAAUGCAACAGUGCAAAGGACAGUGGACCAUGCUGCACCAGAAAUCACUCUGGAUCCACUUGAAAUUGUUGGCGGAGAAAUUCGUAGCUCUGAAAAUUCCUACUUCUGCCAGGCUGCUCGUCAGCUGGCCUGCAUCCCAUCCUCACAACUCUGUGUCAAAUUGGCAAGUGGAGGGGAUCCCACAUAUGCAUUCAACAUCCGAUUUACUGGAGAAGAAGUGCAUGGCACAAGUGGCUCAUUUCGUCACUUCCUUUGGCAAGUGUGCAAAGAACUUCAGAGUUCCUCGCUUUCUCUCCUGCUGCUCUGUCCGAGCUCUGCAGUUAAUAAGAAUAAGGGUAAAUAUCUUCUAACGCCAAGUCCUAUAACAUAUCCAGAAGAACAAUUGCUACAUUUCUUUGGACAGCUCCUUGGAAUAGCUAUCAGAGCCGAUGUACCCCUUCCUCUGGACCUGCUACCUUGCUUCUGGAAGAUGCUGGUUGGAGAACCAAUGGACCCAGAAACUGACCUCUACGAAGCAGAUAUCUUGACAUACAACUACAUCAAAAAGUUUGAAAAUGUGAAUGAUGAGGCUGAGCUGGAAGUUCUCUGUUCUGAAAUUGCCUCUCCCCAUCUUGCCACAGAGAGCCCUGAAUCUCCCAACAAACCAAGCUGCAAAUUUACAUAUAUGACCAUGACAGGAGAAGAAGUAGAGCUGUGCACAAAGGGCAGACACAUCCCUGUAGUCUGGGAGAACAAGGAUAUUUAUUCAACAGCAAUUCGUAAUCUACGUAUGCGUGAGCUAAAGAAUGUUGAGUGCAUGACUGCAGUCAAAGCUGGUCUGGGCUCCAUCAUCCCACUCCAGCUCUUAACCACCUUAACAGCCCUAGAAAUGGAGCUCAGGACAUGUGGACUACCUUACAUCAAUCUUGAAUUCCUUAAGGCUCACACCAUGUAUCAAGUGGGUUUGAUGGAGACUGAUCAGCACAUAGAGUUUUUCUGGUCAGCACUGGAGAUGUUUACUCAGGAAGAACUUUGUAAGUUCAUCAAAUUUUCCUGCAAUCAGGAGCGCAUUCCCUUCACUUGCCCUUGUAAAGAUGGAGGACCAGACACUGCACAUGUUCCGCCUUAUCCCAUGAAAAUUGCACCACCUGAUGGGGCAGCAGGCUCCCCAGAUUCCAGAUACAUUCGCGUAGAGACCUGCAUGUUCAUGAUAAAGCUUCCUCAGUACUCCUCUCUUGACAUGAUGCUAGAAAAGCUGAGGUACGCCAUCCAUUACAGAGAAGACCCUCUCAGUGGCUGAUCUCAACCUCUCCAGCAGAAGAUACACGGUAACCAAGUAUGCAGAUCACGUUGGACGCAUCAUUGCUAAUGCUAUGGACAGAAGUCAGAAAGAAGAAUAUUUCUUCAUUGUAUUUCUUUCUGCCCAGACCUGCACAUUAUAUUUUGUAUUUGUUAAGUCUCUGGUGGGUUAUUGGCCUUGUCUGUGAAUUGUUUGUAGAAUAAUUUUAGUAAUAAUUGACGUGAGCGGUUGAGUUUAUUUGUCCCUUAACUGCAAAAGGAAAGCUUUCCAAGCACCGUUAGUGUGUCAGGAGGUACAGUAAUCCUCAGUCAUACUAUUUUUUUUAUCUGAGGAAAAGAAAAAAAUGUAAAAGAAUAUGUGUAAAUAAGAAUAAACCUCUAACUAUAAUUUAAUUAUAAAUUAUUUCUGGAGCACAGGAAUGUAACACUGGAUGAAGAGCUGUGAAAAAUAUAUAUAUAUUGAUUGUUUUUGAAAAAGUGUUUUAGUUCUGUUGGUUCUUAAAAAAAAAAAAAAAAAGCACUGGAUUUUUUUUAUUUGCAAAUAAAACAAUACACCAGGAAUCCAAAGGAAAUUCAUUUUAAAAUCCUGGAUAUUAAUUUAUCUUAUUUUUUCAGUAUUUAGAAGCAGACAGAUGCACAUUUAUUUAAGCAAAAGUAUUUUUAUUACUUAUUAUUGUGUUUUUAAAGUUUACUCUCCAGCUCACUUAUUUUAGGCUGUUGUGGGUCCAACUGGGGUAUUAUGCAUUUUGUGACAGCACUAUACAUUGAGAAACUUGACUAUGUGGCCUUAUGUGAAUGCUAAUUCCAAGGUAUGAUGAGACCAUGAGUAUUUGUACAGCUUAAUAAGUGUGUAGAGUAUAGUGGAGAAAUGAGAUCAGUUUGCGAGUGAUAUGAAUUGAUGUCUUACAUAAACAGUGAUGAGGAAAAGCACAUUUGACGUUUUUCAAUACUCAUUUCAUAGAAAAGGAUCUAAUAGAACUGAAGUCAAACUAGCAGACAAAAAAACAGUUCUAAAGAAAACACACUAGUACUAGCAUUAGUCUGCAGAAGUGUCCGUAACAGGAUUGCUAUUUUUACUGUGCUUACCAAGACCAGUGUCAUAAUGGAAUCCAUGCAUUUAUCUUCAGCCAAUAUAAACUAUGCAUGGUCUGUAGUAAUAUGUGACAACAGCAUAUGUGAUGAAUUAUUGGAUUUUAUUACAUUGUAGUAUAUAAAUCCUUAUUGGCAUGGGCUUUAAAAUAUACUUUAAAAUGUUGGACAUUUUCAACAUAGGCAAGUUUUUAUAUUAACAGAAGAAAAAGGACAAUUAAAACUUUAUACUUUACACACUAACUCAAUUGUUGUUUGAUGAUCUACCUCAGUGUCUCCUUCAGUCCUUGUGUAUCUCCAGCAGGGUAGACAUCAAUCUUUGGCUUAGAACCCUUGCAAAUAUGGCUGUUGAUCACUGCACUUGGCAUAUCAUUGACUUACAAUGUGUCUAGCAACUUGUACCACCACACCUGAAGUAAAAUUAGUAUUUUUAAAAGUAAGCAACGCUCCAAAUAAACUUAUGGAGGUGGUUAGUAAAAAUAUAACUUAUGUUGAUAUACUACAGUUUUGUUUGGUUUUUCUAUAAAUCUAUAUAUACCGUAUAUAUAUUGUACAUUUACUUAUUUCUACAAUUGGACUGCAUCAUCAUGAUUGAGUCUCUCUUUAAUUUUGGCUUCUUUAGAAUACUAGAGGAUUGGUGUUUAAUAACACUGUUGUUUCUGACAUCUUAAAGGUGACAAGUGUUGGCAUGGGUGUAGGUGAUAGGUGUUCUAUAAAGGAGCUUGGUUUGUGUGGUAUAGUUGGUGCAGUAAUCACUGCCUGCCUCCAUAUCCUGCAGAGCCACUAAAAUAAUAAGAAGAAUUAGAAAUAAAAAAUAAACAUAUCUACAUAAGGUUUAGAUUUACUACACAAAAUACCAAACUAAUGGUUUGUAAUUGUAUAUGAUUAUGUUUCAGCUGUAUAUAGUUCAUUAGAACUGAAGUUGUUUAACACUUGAAGAAAAGGAUAUUAUUCUUGAACUUGUAAGUGUAAAAAUCAUAUUUAUUACACAUGUAAGAUUUGUCUUGUGUCCUGAUAUAACAGCCAAUUCUGCAGGCAACAUAUAAAACUGCAAAUGUAAAUUUUGAUCACAGCAAUAGACUCACAGCUAUUACAGCUGCAUAUGCAAAAUAAACUGUAAAAAUGAUAAAUGUCUUUACCAAGGCUCAGUGGUCAUAUUAAAAUUUGUAAUUUAAUAAUUGUAUGGAAUUUACAAUUUCUUUUUUAGACAAAAGGUGUUAAAUUUAUUCUCACAAAUUACCAGCCAUGUAGAAAAAAUAUUUCAAAUAUAAAAUUAAUGUGUAUUAUAUUUAAUAUUAUUGGUAGGUUAUGCUGCAGGCUCAAUGGUCUGAAUGGCUCAUAAUAUUGUUGUGCAGCGUAUUAUUUAAAACGUAUCACAAAAAUAACAUAGUGUGUCAUAAUAGAUAUCAAAGGAUACUGGGGAUAACAGUAACAAUGUUUCUAUCUGAAGCAUGUACAUAAUAUUUCAAGUAUCUAUACACAGAUGAGUAGAGGUAUUGUGUGAAUAUGAACCAUGGGCAUCUGCAGAUUUUUUUCCCCCAGGAAGGUGCAAAAAUGAAUUAAUAAAUAAAAUUCCCUUUACAUAGUAAUAUCUAUGGUAACAUGCACAGUAGGAGAAGUUGCUUGUUGUACACAAUUAAUUUUAUACAAACAAAACAUCAUUUUACACAUAAGCAGCACAUCAUUUUACAAAUGGAUAUCAAAAGAGUGAAUUAACAUCGAAAUUCCACUCCACGAGACAACCCAUGAAUGUAAAUAAAAGCAAACCCUAGUGCAAGCUGUGCAGCAGCCUCUUCACUAGGGACCAAUUAGUGCAAUUUCCACCUAAUUUGUAAUGAAAUAUUUGUGUAUAUGCUUCAUAUAGAUGUAAUGAUUCUCUCAUAUUCCCCUUUAGUAUGUUUAUUCACAAAGCAUACGUAACAUUUUAAAGGUUUGAUGUUUAAAAAGCAGUGGUGUUGCAAAUAAAUGCAGUUCUUCAAUGUGAUUUGAUAUAUAUAUAUAUAAAUAUAUAUAUAUAUAUAUAUAUAUAUAUAUAUAUAUAUAUAUACUGUAGUUUCAUAGACGGAGGUAAAACUAUGAACUUAACCACAUACAAGUAUGUAAAGGGAUAAGAAUUUGUCAUGGUGUAGUAUAAUUUUAUAUUUUAAGGUACAUUUAACUUAGAAAUCAAAAGGAGGCGAGUAAAAAUGUAUAUCACAGCUACUGCAUAUAGCAAGUUUUCACCACAACAGACAUUAACCUAAGGCUUUUCCUCACCUGUUUUAAAUAUGACAGUAAAAGACUUUACUCAGUGUCCCUUUCUUUUUUUAAUAUAAGAUUUAUGGGGUUAAGUGCAACAUAUCUACAUUUUUGGGCCUGAAGUGUGCUGUACAGUUGAUGUAUAUUUAUUACAGUUAUGUAAGGUUGCAUUAAACAAAGCCUUUUGCUCAAUGCUGUUUACUCUUGUACUGGUAUUUAACAAACUGCUGUGUAAAAGAAGCGUAAUAAAUAAGGAACAGGUGUCGUAUGAAAAAUAAAGUCCUUUGAUUUUCAAUGUC